UGACUGCAUAAUUAUCCGAGUUACAAUCAUAAUCACAUAAAAUUGGUUAAAUUUUCUCAGGGGAGGGGGAAAGUUGAGGUUCCCCUGCUGCCCUCUGUGCUGUCUACAGCCUAGUUAGAUUUGUACUAUGUUUGACUUUAAAAUCUUAUUUGCUAUUAUAUUUAUUAUAAUAAGUGUUGAAAAUGUUAAUCAAGUUUUUUCGCAGAUACAUGUACGCGUAGCGUACCUAUUUUUGGAAUAAUUUCUCAAAAUUUUGCAACAUGCACACAGGGAGUUUUUGCCAGUGGAUUUUGCUUACACCAAUAGUCAUUGUUGUCAGCUCAUGUUUAGCUCUCAAUGAGCAGUCUUUAUAAAGUUCGACUUGUUUACAUUUUUCUAUAACGUCUUCGUUUAUACUUUAUUAAUUCAUGAAUAGAAAGAUCUGAUGUGUUCUUUUUUAACAUCAAGGGAUCUUGGACAGAAAGCAUCAAAAAUCGAUUUAAACAUGUAAGGAAGUAUGAGAGCAAGAAAAGAUCCAUGGUACAAUCUGCUGAUGAUAAUAAACCAAGUACAUGUGCGCCAAAACCUGUUCUGAAGCGCCAGAGAAAAGCAGAUAUCUGGAAUGAAAUACCAAAUUCCGAAAACACCACCGAAGCCAUUCAAAAAGAGCACAUAUCUGAGCUACAUAAAGAAACACAAAAGUCUGCCAACAGUCAAGACAAAAACAAAGUCAAAACUUUAAUGGCAUCAACUUUUCAACUGAGAAGAAAAGAGAUACUUACUACAUUGACCCCUGUCAGCAAAAUUAUGGAAACAUACCCACCUCUUGCCACAAUAAGCGGGGUAAGUUAUUCAAUUUGGCCUCAAUGUUGCAUUAUGGUGCAAACAGUUUUCAGAGCCGAAACUAGAGCGUUAAUUGGGAGGGGGUUGUAUAUUCAUAUAGCUGUGUUCUUCCUGACGAAUUUGUUUUGAAAUCGGUUGUUUUUAAGUUCAUUUCAAAAGAAAUUAGUCGGGCAGAACACAAAUAUAUGAAUAUACCAACGCCGCACCCCCCAAUUAGCGCUCUAGUUACGCCCACUGAAAGUUUUGUAUUUUUAUUGUAACAUAUCCACAUUCUUUGUCGAGUGAUCAAGCAAAUUUUUAGGUUAAGAUUGCAUAAUUGAUUAUAUUGGUAAAAAUAUGAAUGCGCUCUGGCGAGUAUGUGGAAAAAUUAAUGGUGCACUACUACGUAUAUUUUUUUUGGGAAUAUGUUAGCAUAAUGUUAGAUAUAACAGAUUGUGUGCUGCAGAAAAUCACUAACAUAUUGAAAAAUUAAUUUCACUUUUGCUAUGCACAUGUAGAUACGUCAUGAAUUUAGCAGAAUUUUUGAGGACAAUGCUGCAACUAAAGAAAUGAAGGAUAAAUUGUUCUCUCUCCAAAGUGCGAUUGUGAAAUACUGCGAAAACGUUCAACGGAAGAACCCAUUCAUUAAAAAUGUAUUACAUGAUCUUCAACGGGCAAUUUCCCAGGAGCCAGAAAAGACUCAAGGUAUGUUUAUAUACGCUAUAUUGAUUAGCAAAUUGCUCAAGUAAAUUGUAACCGAGUCGAGAAAUUACAUUUAUAAAUUACAGAAUAAUCGGAAUGGAAUAAACUUCCCUGCAGGUGAUUUUGAUUCAUCGUGCAUGCAUGGCAUAGGUUGCAAAGCAACAAUGUUCUUAAUAUACCAUUGUAUACGGUAUACAUAUGUAUGACACUGACUUUCUGUUUUAUAGCAUAUGAAAAUACAUUUGCGUUGAUGGUUCUUCCUAAAUUACUAGAGAAAAAAACGGGAAAGCAAGAUUAUGAAUUAAUCAAAUUAUUGUCGGUUAGUAUACCGUUUUGCCUUUGGUGUAUAUGGUGUAUUGAGCUAGGGUCUGCAUGAUUACAGUCAUUACAGUGACGAGAAAACCUCACAAUCCAUGUCAUUUUUAUCGAUUCUUGGAUUACUGGUACCUGUUUACAUACUAACUGAAUGAACAAGUAGGUACGGUAUAAUAUAAGAGUCGUCAACGUCAUCCCUGCAUGUUCCAAAAACUGCGUGUUGUGUAAACUUACAGCAUUUUUAUUUGAAAAACUAACGCAUAUAAUUGUAUUCUCUUAACUAUACUAUAGGAAGAUGAUGAUUUUGAUGAGGAAGUUGGACAAACAAAAUUUCCUACCAUUAUAGGAGUAACAAGAGCGUCGUAA